CUGACGGUAUCUGGUUCUUCUCACCUCGGCGCUCAGCCUCUGACUUCCGGCCUGGCCAUGAUGACGUCAGACACAAGCAGGGGGGCGGGGACAGACACCACAUGCUAUUCGUCAACCAGCUCUGGGGGGUGAGGAGGGAGCAAGACUUCACGUGCAUCCCACCCGACGGCGAGGUGUUCACCCACAACUACUCCUACCCCCCAGCCUUCAGCUGUAAUAGCGCAAACAUCAGACAGAUGAGCCAGCGAGAGCGAGAGAAGACGAAGAAACGACAGAUUCACAUUUGGUGCGACCGCAACGGGGCGGCUCACAGCAAGUAUAUUCCAGUGCCCGUCUCGAAGUACCCGCAAUCGUUCACGGACGACUCGAGUCGCGAGUGUUUGAUGAGGUAUAUCGAGCAGCACUGCAGGGACGAGUACCCCGUGCCCAACGUCAUUCACUUCAUCUGGUUCGGCAACCACACCCUGGACUUUCGUCAGUUCCUCAGCCUUUACAGUGUCGUCACUAUCACAAAAGCUCGGCUGAUCAUCAUCCACGGUGACCCCCUGACCCCGGGGAAGUUCUGGGACGCUUUGUUUCCUCACGCGCUCAAUCUGGUGCACGUUUUGAGAGCUGCGCCGAUGUACGUUCAGGGGAGGAGGGUGGAGAAACGGGGCAACCAGGCAGAUAUAGCCAGGAUACAGAUACUUCAAGAUCUGGCUGAAGAACUACGAGAGCUAUGACGGCAAAAACUGGCUGUCUCACUCCAUCAUUUAUCUGAGCACCUUGGCCAAGCAAUACCCCGACUUGUUGCAGGUGAUCGGCUCAGCAUUCCUCACCUUCAACUACCGGAACACGGAAAAGCUGUACCUCCAGGAGUGUCAGAUGGGCGAUGUGUUCGGCCAACACUUUUUCCGGAGAGACUAUCCGGCAAACGUAGACUUGAACUACGUGAAGACAGCGCCCACAACCUUUGGCCGCCUGGCCAGGUACAUUUUGUUUAAUGAUGCCAAGCUGUGUACAUGACUUCAACACCGC